AUGAAUAGAAGAUUUCGAUGUGGUCGUUUGGUCUUAACAAAAAAUGGUUUAAUUAAAAAGGUUGAACUUGAAGAUGGUGGUGGUACUCGGUUUUGUAAUUGGGAGCCGAUCAAUAUGGACUUUGAAGAUGUUCAUCAUCGCUUACUUAAUAUUUUUAGUUUAGGCGAAAGUAAAAGUAAAACAUUAUUAUAUGAUUUCCAACGUCAACCAUUCGAUACUACUCAAUAUAAAACAUUUUUGGAAUAUUUUAAUAAGAAUGGUCUAAAUUGUAAUAGUACAGUUAUAUAUAUUUGCAUUGAUCAAGGUGCUGAUGAUGAUAAUUCAACGACAUUAACAAGAAUCAAAACACCAUCAAAGUCAGAUUCAUUAAAUCCACAACAAAAUAGAAUAUCUAUACAAUCAGAAGCUACAUCUACAAUAACACCAGUUAAAAAUAAAUAUGUUGAUAAAUAUGAAGAGUCGGAUCAAGAACAAACUUUUCGAUCUUCAUCUGUAUAUACAUUUGAAAAUUCAAUUAAUGAUUUAGUGAAUAAUAUUCACAGCCUUAUUAGUCAAAUUGGUUUUGAUGAAACUUUGAUUCAACUAUUUGAAUCUAUAUGUAUAGUUCGUGGAUAUAUUCGUUCAGUCAUUAAUCCAUUACAACAACAAAUAAAACACUUGAACGAAAAUUUCAAAUUAAUUAAUAAAUCUGAAAUGAUAUUAUAUUCAAACUGUUUAAAUAAUGUUUCUGAUAUAUGUCAAUCAAUAGAAACAUUAAUUAAAUCAAAUAAGAAAAAAUUUGAUCAUAUUGAACAAUUUUCAAUGAUUGUAUAUUCAUUUUUCAAACUUUAUGAAAAUUUAAAGAUUCUAUACAAUCAAUGGUUUGAGUGUGUCGAAAAAAGUAAUAACAGAUCUAAUAUACCUUCAUCUUCAUUCAUUCAUCCAGUUGAAUCAAUACCAUCACCAUCUUCUCAUUCAAAUAUACAAGUGUCAACUAAAGAUCAUUAUGAAAUAAAUGAAGAAAAUUCUAAUAAACGAUCACAAACAUCAUUGCCACCAUCUCGUCAAACAUCGUCAUCAUUAGCUCGAGAACCAUCCGAUGAUGAAACUGAUGAAAAAUUUCGUUUAUUUCGACAAUUAUUUAGUCGUUUAAGUAAUUUAUUUCAUUUACUCACUAGUCAAGCUUUACUAUCAUAUAGUGAAAUGGUUGACUUAACAGUCCACGAACUAAAAUCUUUACGAUCAAAUUUAGAACUAUGCAAUUAUAAUUCAAUACUUGAUGCAAAAAAACAGAUUUUAUCAAUACGAGAGAAAUAUUAUAAAGAAUUUAGUGAAUAUUUUUCGGAAGACUCUAAAUAUAAAACUAGUGCACAAGUUACAAGAGCAUAUGAUUUUAUAAUGAAAGCAAUUCAGCGUUUAUUAGGAUCACUUAAUGAUUAUCAAUCACAAUUAGAGAAAAAUAAUGAAAAAAAAGAAUCACAUCGACCGUCAACUUUUUCAUCGAAAGACAGCCAAAAACAAUAUCAACAUAAUAAUUCAAUGCAAUACUUUAAAAGAAAAUCAGCAAAUUUUCAUAUUCAUAACAAUAAUAAAAGACUAACUGCAUCAUAUUCAUCGAUUGAAUAUCGAACUUACGUAAAAAACGAUCGACGAAGAAAUGAAAGAAAACAAUAUAGCUUUCAAUAA